AUGGCCCUUGCCGAGAGCACCACCAAGACGGAAAUGACGCUGACGGAAACCUCGACGCCCGUCAUCUCGAAGGAGGUGAUCACCGAACGUACGGCGGACGGCGUGUCGGAGAAGAACAUUACCCAGUCCAAGAGCUACGGCUCGGCUAGCGAAAAGUCCAUGGUUGAAGAGUCGGCCAACUCCAUCACGAAGAAGCACGAAAAGUCCGAGUCGGCAUUCGCCUCGGAGCGCAGUGUAACGGAGUCGGUGUCGGACGGUGGUGCGCUUGCCUCUUCGCAGCUGUCCUCCUCGUCGCUGGUCAGUUCCGUCACGAGCAGUAAGGUGGUGUCGUCCUCGUUCAGCUCGUCCACCUCAUCGUCCAUCUCGUCUUCAAUCAAAUCCUCAUCGUUCGAUUCCAGUACCGCGAUCGAUGAGUUCUUCAAGAACUGA